AUGCCGUCGUCAGAAUACACAUCCGCAGGCGGCGGGCUCAAACUCAAGGGCGCCAAAAACGCCGGCAUAGAAAAAAGNCGCAAAAAGAAAUCGUCCAAAUCAUCCGCCGUCGCCGUCGCCGCCGCUGCGACAUCAUCAAAGGACACAACACCCGCCAAAGACACAUUCGACCCUGAGAACACCACAGAUCUCGAGCAGAGGGAAAAGAACAAGGAAGAGAGCCUUGUGCCCGAUGACGGCAAGACAGAAUACGAAAGACGCCAUGAAGAAACCAGACGCAAGCGCGAAAAACUGAUGCGCGAGGGUGUCAAGACACACAAGGAACGUGUCGAGGAGUUGAAUAAGUACCUGUCGACUCUGAGCGAGCACCAUGACAUGCCUCGCAUCGGCCCUGGAUAA